AUGAAAGUGAAGAGCUUGUAUGAAGUUGCCAGAGGGAUACUUAUUACCUUUAGGAUUAUAAACAUUUUUCCUGGAAUUUUUGCUUUUUUCCCUGUUUUUUCUUAUAAGCCCUGGUUCUUCAGACGGAGUGUUUGCCUCACCAGUCCCAUUUGGAAUGGAGCUUUAUGGGAGGCUAGUUUUGCCUUCGGCAUCCUGAGCAUCAUGGGUGCUUCAGUACAGUUUGCUGCUGCCAUUGCAUCUCUUCUCCUUGGCCCACACUGCUACUGCUCGCUUGCUGGGAUCGCUGGGACCAACUACCUGGGUUAUACAGUCCUGUUCCUUUUUCCCUACACUGACUUCCCAAACCUCUGCAAAGACCCAUCGCGCUAUCAGCGGUACCCACUCACCCUGCAAAUACUGGACCUGUGCUCAAGUUUGGCCAUGUUCCGUGCAUUUUUGGGUUUGUGA